GAGCAAUGCAUCCAUGAUUAUUCUCCUCCUGAUCUGCUGCAUGUCAACCCUCUCAGGUCUGGUGGUGCACAAUCUCUCUGCGUUAGUGAGAGAUAACAUACUGCUACCCUGUGACCUCAUGUCCAACAACACCGCUGAGAACAUGACGGUCACCUGGAAGCUAAACAACACAGACAGACAAGUGCAUCGGUACAAAGGCGGUCGUGACAUGAAUGACCGACAGUGCCCAGACUACAAAGGCCGGACCACCCUGUCCAAGCUGGACCUGAACACAGGCAACGCGUCACUGAAGCUAGCCAACGUCACAAUGGCAGAUGGUGUAGAGUACAUCUGCUCUAUUCAAAUUGGAAACGGGUCAGAGCAAGUAAAGGCACUGGUGAAAGUUGAAGUCAAGGUGCCCAUGCUGGGCCCUGCCGUGCCUGUCACUGUCACUGCCACCGUGGGACAAGACCUUCACCUUCCCUGUCACCUGUCACCCAACAUCACCGCUGAGGGUAUGGCGAUCACCUGGCUUCUGAAACGCACAGGCAAGCGAGUGCUCCGGUACGAGAAUGACUGUUACAAAGGUGGGCUUGACGCCUACCGAGGCCGCGUGGCUCUGCUGAAGGAAGAAGUCAGAAGAGGCAAUGCAACGUUGAGGCUCACCGGUGUCAAGCUUUCAGACGAGGCAGAGUAUGUGUGUUCCAUUGAAGAUGAACACUGGCAUGGCAACAUAUCAGUGCAGCUUAAAGUCAAAGGUCUGGAGGUGAGGGGCCCUCAGCAAUCUGUCACUGCGCUAGUCAGAGAGGACAUCCUUCUGCCCUGUUAUCUCGUGCCCAACAGCAGCGCUGAGAGCAUGGUGGUUACCUGGAAGCUGAACAACACAGGCAGACUGGUACAUCUCUACAAAGAUGGACGUGACAUGAAUGACCAACAGUACCCAGACUACAGAGGCCGAACCACCCUGUCCAAGGUGGCCCUCCACAAUGGCAAUGCGUCACUGAAGCUAGCCAACGUCCAAAUGUCCGAUCAUGGAGACUACACUUGCUUAAUUCAAGAUGGAUCCUGGAGGCAUCAACUGACGAUGCACGUUGAAGUCAAAGGCAAGCAGAUUGACACAGCGCACGCGUGGAGGGCUGGAUUCGGCAUCAUGUUCGUGCUGGCUCUUGCCCUAGCCACGGCCCUCGCUCUGUUGCUGUAUCACGUCCGACGCAGACUGAAAGGUAGAGUUUACUUUUUGUUCAUGCAUUAUUUUAUGUACAGAACUGAACAGUAUAAAAUGGAGUAUUAA